AUGUCGCUCUCCCUCUACGACACCAGCGUCGGCGUCUUCAUCCGCCAGCUCAAAAACCUCUCCGCCGUCCUCCAAAAAGCCGAAACCUGGUGCGACGACAACGGCAAGCCGCACGCGGAGCUGCUCGAGGCCCGGCUGUCGCCCGACAUGUACCCGCUCACGUCGCAGAUCCGGCUCGCGGCGCGGUGGGCCCGCAACGGCGCGCUGCUGAACGAGGGCUACGCCUUCAAGGCCACGGACGGCAAGCCCGAGCUCAGGCACACGUUUGCCGAGCUGCAGCAGCUCGUGCACGAUGCGAUGGAGUUCCUGCAGGCGGUCAGGCCGGAGGACAUUGCGGGGGCGGAGAACAGGCCCGUGUCGGUGUGGUCGUCUGGCGAGGAGGGACAGGGCCAUAACGUCAAGCUGGACGCGGGCCACAAGCUGCUCAGCCAGGUCAUCUUCCCGAACUUUUGGUUCCACGACUCCAUGGCCUAUGCGAUUUGCAGGAUGAAGGGCGUUCCGGUGGGGAAGCUGGACUUCCUCAUGGGCGGCGCCGGCCCCGUCGGGUAG